CACCCGUCCACGCCCGCCUCCACGUGACCCAAACAGAUCCGGGCACUUCCGCUUCCCCUGGGCUUUCUUCUCGUCAGUGUCGGCUGCGGGUCCGGCGCCGGGUCCCCGCGGAAGCGGCGGUGGCGGCGCCAUGGCGGAGCUGACGGCUCUGGAGAGUCUCAUCGAGAUGGGCUUCCCCAGGGGACGCGCGGAGAAGGCUCUGGCCCUCACAGGGAACCAGGGCAUCGAGGCUGCAAUGGACUGGUUGAUGGAGCACGAAGACGACCCUGAUGUAGACGAGCCGCUCGCGACCCCCCUCGGACAUGUCCUGGGAAGGGAACCCACCUCCUCGGAGCAAGGUGGCCCUGAAGGACCCGGCUCUGCGGCCGGAGAAGGCAAACCGACUUUGAGUGAAGAGGAGAGACAGGAACAGACUAAGAGGAUGUUGGAGCUGGUGGCCCAGAAGCAGCGGGAGCGGGAAGAAAGAGAGGAGCGAGAGGCUUUGGAACGGGAACGGCAGCGCAGGAAACAAGGGCAGGAGUUGUCAGCUGCUCGACAGCGGCUUCAGGAAGAUGAGAUGCGCCGGGCUGCUGAGGAACGGAGGAGGGAAAAGGCUGAAGAGUUAGCAGCCAGACAGAGAGUCCGAGAAAAGAUUGAAAGAGACAAAGCAGAGAGAGCCAAGAAGUAUGGUGGGAGUGUGGGUUCUCGGCCUUCACCAACAGAGCCAGGUCCUGUUCCCUCCUCUCCCAGCCAGGAGCCUCCUACCAAGCGGGAGUAUGACCAGUGUCGCAUACAGGUCAGGCUGCCAGAUGGGACCUCACUGACGCAGACGUUCCGGGCUCGGGAACAGUUGGCAGCUGUGAGGCUGUAUGUGGAGCUCCACCGUGGGGAAGAGCCUGGGGGAGACCAGGACCCUGUGCAGUUGCUCAGUGGCUUCCCCCGACGGGCCUUCUCAGAGGCUGACAUGGAACGGCCUCUGCAGGAGCUGGGUAUGACACCUGGGACCAGAAACAGGGCUUGCAGGGGUGAGGGGGAUGCCUGAGAAAGGAAGGAAUGCCAGGAGAAGAGACUUUGUGGAGAUGGAAUGAGGCCAGAAAUUUGGGGGCGCAAAAGGCAAGGAUCUUUGUGGUCAAAGCUGUUUUCUUCCAUCUUAGGACUUGUGCCUUCUGCUGUCCUCAUUGUGGCCAAGAAAUGUCCCAGCUGAGAGGCCUUUAUCCCACCAUCCCUCUCUGACCUCUUCAUCUUUGAUAAAGCACUGACAUCUCCUUCCUAAUAAAUAGACCCUCUGAGUUCUGUA